AUGGAAGCCGAUUCUGAACAGUCGAUGGGAGAAACAGCUGCAAGUUGGACCUGGAGCUUACCGGAGGAAGACUGUCUAACUCGGCUCAUGAAAAAACACAAGAAAAGAGUUGAAGAGGGUGAGAUUCCCCAGGGCAUUCUAUUCGACGAGGUAUCUGUCGGGCUCAAUGGACUAGGAUUUGGUAUACAAAGAACUAGUGCUGCGUGUAACCGUAAAUGGCGUCGAAUGUGCGACAGUCAAUCAAUGCUGCGUGGCGACACAUUAUCAAAUGGCUCAAAUUGGAAAUUUGUCUUUGGUGAAGCUGCAGACUUUAUUACAGAUGAUGAGGAUGAAGUUGACAAAGGUCCCAUCGACUUAAUUGAUAAGAACCAGAAGACAAGUAAACCUCCAUGGAGCGAGGAAGAAUCGAGAACCGUCUACGAGGAAAGUAAAACUCUUCAGGAAUUGAACAAUCAAGGGGGAUCACCCAAGUUUACUAAUACAAGCCAACUUUUCAAUCAAGUAUCCGCGCUGCACAGAGUUAAAGGUUAUCCCAGAUCUUCAAAUGCUUGCAAUCGCUAUUGGGAGACCACAGGUCGCGAGUUGUGGGACUACUAUGAGCAGAUCGUUGGCGAUUUCAAGACAAAGGAUGCACUCAAUGCAAAGUGUACUGAACCCAUUUCUGGAAUGAAUGAUACAGCACUAAGGGUGACCAAAAAUUCAGGAAGCGUCCUUACUAAAAGUCAAAUAAGCGUAUUGAGUCAAUUAGCCACAGAAUCACUCAAUCCAUCCACGGAGCAAAAGGAGAAAGUUGCGAAGGAUCAUGGCAUUAGUGUCUUCCGGAUUUCGGCCUAUUUCGCAAACAAGAGGUCUAGUCAAAGGAAGGAAAUGGCAAAACACGCGUUAGACCACGAAAGUUCCAAAAGGAAGCAGUCUGGAAGGCUGGACGCAGAGUUCGCUGAUGGUAAUGAGUCGAUUGUUGCUCGAGCAGAUGAUGCUUUGAGGGACACAAAGAAACCCAGACUUUCGAGUUCCUCCCAGAUGGUACCAAUCAAUGAUAAUAGAAGUGCUCAGGAAGUUCUAGCUAUCGAAAAAGAUGCUCUCCAGGAUCUCACUAUGCCUGCACUCCGCUCAACCACUUCUGAGAAAGAGUUCGGUUCAUCCUAUGCCCCUAUCGAAAUCGACUCACCACCUCUGCAGUCCUCCGAGCCUCGGAAGAUCAGUUUGAACAACGGCCUUUAUACAACAGAAUUUAAAGAAGCGAUGCUCACUCAACGUCGUCUGAUGGAGGAGCAGAUCACGGAGCUGACAACAAGAAAGGAGAAGUUGUUGAAAAAGGCCCUCGCGCAUAAAGUGACAGCAGACCUAGAAAUCGAGGCUUAUACCGCUGUACAAAAGAAAGUCGUCGAGGAAGAGAACUUUGAAGCUGUAUUGCGAGCUGAAUUGAAGCGUAUCAAGGACUGGGAGGGAAUUUUGAUUCACAAGUGA